GAUUGGAGUGGGCGGGGCCGCCCUUCGGACCUCCAAGUUCCCCAAGGUAGUGCGUCCAGCAGUCAGUCCUUCGCGGAAGGUGCUCGGCGAGCGAUGGCAGCAACGCGUGUACGACCCUCUGCUCGUGAGAUUUUCACGACGCUGGAGUACGGCCCGGUGCCGGAAAGCCACGCAUGCGCACUGGCCUGGCUGGACACCCACGACCGUCUCUUGGGCCACUAUGUCAAUGGGAUGUGGCUGAAGCCAGAACACAGGAAUCCGGUCCCUUGCCAGGAUCCCUGCACAGGAGAACACCUGGCCAGCUGCAUACAAGCCCAAGAUGAGGACAUCGCUGCAGCUGUGGCAGCUGCAAGGACAGCGUUCAAGACAUGGAGCCAACUCCCUGGAGCUGCUCGGGCUCAACACCUGACCCGGCUGGCCAAGGUUAUCCAGAAGCACCAGCGACUGCUGUGGACCCUGGAGUCCCUGGUCACUGGGCGGGCUGUUCGAGAGGCUCGAGAUGGGGAUGUCCCACUGGCCCAGCAACUGCUCCAGUACUGUGCAGUCCAGGCGCAUGCCCAGGAGAAGGCACUGGCAGGCUGGGAGCCUGUGGGGGUCAUUGGCCUCAUCCUGCCGACAGCUUACUCUUUCCUGGACAUGAUGUGGAGGGCCUGCCCUGCCCUGGCCAUGGGCUGCACUGUGGUGGCCCUUGUGCCCCCAGCCUUCGCAACACCUCUCCUCCUGGCUCAGCUGGCAGGGGAGCUCGGCUCUUUCCCAGGGAUCCUCAACGUGGUAUGUGGCCCUGCCUCGCUGGGGCCUGUUCUGGCCUCCCAACCUGGAGUCCAGAAGGUGGCCUUCUGUGGAGCUGUGGAGGAAGGACGUGCUCUGAGAAGGACCCUCGCAGGCAGAGGAGCCAAGCUAGGCCUGGCGCUGGGCGCAGAGUCACUGUUGCUGCUGACGGACUCAGCGGAUGUGGACUCAGCUGUGGAAGGCGUUGUAGACGCCGCCUGGUCAGACCGCAGCCUGGGGGGGCUCAGGCUCCUCAUCCAGGAAUCUGUGUGGGAUGAAGCUAUGAAGCGACUCCAGGCCAGGAUGGCACAACUGCGGAGCGGACGAGGACUGGAUGGGGCUGUGGACAUGGGGACUCGAGGGGCUGCUGCCCGAGACCUGGCCCAGAGCUUUGUGGACGAGGCCCAAAGCCAGGGUGCACAGGUGUUCCAGGCUGGCGAUGUGCCGUCCAGCGGCCCAUUCUUCUCUCCUGCCUUGGUCUCCGGCCUGCCUCCCGCAGCCCCAUGCGCCCAGGCCGAGGUACCGUGGCCCGUGGUUGUGGCCGCCCCUUUCCGCACAGCCAAGGAGGCACUAGCUCUGGCCAAUGGAACCCCCCGGGGAGGCAGCGCCAGUGUGUGGAGUGAGAGGCUAGGGCAAGCCCUGGAGCUGGGUUACGGGCUCCAGGUAGGCACCGUGUGGAUCAACGCCCAUGGCCUCCGAGACCCUGCGGUGCCCACAGGUGGCUGCAAGGAGAGCGGGUCUUCCUGGCACGGAGGCCUGGAUAGCCUGUAUGAGUGUAUGUGUCCCUUGGGGACACCGUCCCGGGAGCCCUUCCUUUGCGAGAGUCUCAACUACGACACAUUUGGCCUUGCUGUGCCCUCCAGCCUGCCAUCGGGGCCGGAAACAGCACCUAGCCCGGCUCCUCCCUACGGGCUGUUUGUUGGGGGACGCUUCCAGGCUCCCGGGACCCAGAGCUCCAGACCCAUCCUGGAUUCUUCUGGCAAGGUCUACAGUUAUAUAGCUGAGGGUGGAGCCAAGGACAUCAGGGGUGCUGUAGAGGCUGCUCAUCAGGCCGCGCCUGGCUGGGGGGCGCAGUCCCCACGAGCCCGAGCAAGCCUACUGUGGGCGCUAGCAGCUGCCCUGGAGCGUAGGAAGCCAGCCCUGGUCACACAGCUAGAGAGGCACGGAGCAGCACCUGAGGAUGCCAAGACUGAAGUAGAGAUGAGUGUGAGGCGGCUCCAGAUAUGGGGCACCCGGGUUCAGGACCAAGGCCAGACACUGCAGGUAACAGGGUUCAAAGGCCCUGUGCUGCUGCUUCGGGAGCCGCUGGGAGUGCUGGCAGUGGUGUGCCCAGAUGAGUGGCCGCUGCUGGCCUUUGUGUCACUGCUGGCCCCUGCCCUGGCCCACGGCAAUGCUGUGGUCUUAGUACCCAGUGGGGCCUAUCCUCUGCUGGCCCUGGAGGUCUGUCAGGAUAUGGCUACUCUGUUCCCUGCUGGCCUUGUGAACGUAGUGACAGGAGAUCGGGACCACCUGACCCGCUGCCUGGCCUUACAUCAGGACGUCCAGGCCCUAUGGUACUUCGGCUCUGCCCAGGGCUCCCAGUUUGUGGAGUGGGCCUCUGCGGGCAACCUCAAGCCUGUGUGGGUAAGCGGCGGCUCCCCAACAGCCUGGGAUGUGGAGGUCGGUGGGGCAGGACCAGAGCUGAGUCUGCACGCAGCACGAACCAAGGCCCUGUGGCUGCCGAUGGGUGACUGACACCUGAAGUUGCCCACUCUAUCUUGCAUGCCCAGAGACGACAGAUGCUUGCAACUUUUCUCUCAGACUUCCCAUGGCUUCCAAUAAACAGUGA